CUCGGUGGUCGCGGCUCGUAUAGCAGCUCCUCUCUGCAGUUUUGUUCGGCCUUCUCGGGACGCGAGUAUGAGUUUGACUGUAGCUCGGACGGAGUUCACGGCGAGGGCGUGGACUCGACGCGGAUAGCCGUGGCCCGAUUUCAAUACACUGAAAGGGCUUCAACUUUCUUCCAGUAAUCCCAAAGAGGGAAAUAAAGGUGACUUGUCCUGUGAUCCUGACCAUUGUUAGUGUUGGUAUUUAGCUCAGAGCCAUGUGGAACCCACCCAGUGACCAGAGUGGACAGGUAGCUGCCAGGAUGGAGACCACUCCGUCCCUGGGAAGCGCCAGCAUCUCCGUCUCUCAGCAGCAGGCCCCCAAGAAGUUUGCCCCCAUGGUCGCACCCAAGCCCAAGUUCAACCCGUACAAACAGAUGGGAGAUGCCGGCCUGUCUGAUCCUGCAGCGGACUACCCUCCCCCUCCGCCCCCUGCCGAAGAGUUUACCGGUUUCCCGUCACCGCCCGGUUCCUUCCCCCCUCCGCCGGCGGAUAACUUGUUCGAUUAUCAGAUGAAACGACCUGAGAAAACUCUGGAGGAGAGGCGCUCCAGCCUGGAUGCAGAGAUCGACUCUCUCACCAGCAUCCUGGAAGACUUGGAGAGCAGCUCGCCCUACAAGCCACGAGGCACGCAAAACGCCGGCUCCUCGGCCGGCUCUACCCCCAAUGCUCCGGUGACGGGUUACAAGCGCAUGGUCAUCCCCAACCAGCCGCCUCUGACUGCCACCAAGAAGACGAUGCCCAAACCUCAACCUCAAGGCGGCGUCUCGUCCGUGCCGCCUCCCCCCGUCAGCCCCGUUGCCAGGCCUCAAGGCAACAUGUCUCCUCAGCCCAUCCCGGCCUCCUACACCACAGCGUCGACCCCGAGCCAGCCCACCUUCAACGUCCAGGUGAGGCCGGCCCAGCCCGGCCCCCAGCACCAAGCGCCGGCCGGUCACCAUUACGGCCAGCAGCCUAUCCGCGGCCCCGCUCAGGUGCAGUACAUGCCCGCGCAGCCCAGAGGUCCCGACUUUGCGUACGGGCCGCCACAACCCGGGUUCUCCCCCAUGGCAUAUCAGGAGCAGCAGUACCCCGGGGGGCCACAGCUGGGCGGAGUUAGCUCCAGGAGGCCCGACCCGGCCCCUGGCCCGGUGUACCAACCGCCAGGCCCCAGGAAAACCUACAUCACAGAUGUUCCCCCAAGCUUGGCUCCGUACACUGCCGGUCCAGAAGUUCAACCGAAGGGCGGAGCUCCAGAGGCGCACCCAGAGGACGAACUAGCGCGCCUGACCAAAAAGAUGCUGUUCGACAUGGACAACCCUCCGUCCGAUGAAUAUUUCGGACGCUGUGCCAGCUGCGGGGAGAACGUGGUGGGCGAAGGUACCGGCUGCACCGCCAUGGACCAGGUGUUCCACGUCGAUUGCUUCAUCUGCAUGACCUGCAGCAAACCCUUGCGCGGCAAACCUUUCUAUGCUGUGGACAAGAAGGCGUACUGUGAGCCCUGCUACAUCAACACUCUGGAGACCUGCAACAUCUGCAGUAAGCCAAUCAUGGAGCGCAUCCUGCGGGCGACGGGUAAGGCCUACCACCCCCACUGCUUCACCUGCGUGGUGUGUCACCGCAGCCUGGACGGGAUCCCCUUCACCGUGGACGCCUCCAACCACAUCCACUGCAUCGAGGACUUCCAUAAGAAGUUUGCUCCUCGCUGCUGUGUGUGCCACGAGCCCAUAAUGCCGGCGCCGGGCCAGGAGGAGACCGUCCGCAUCGUGGCCCUGGAUCGUGACUUUCACGUGAAGUGCUACCGCUGCGAGGACUGCGGCUGCCUGCUGUCUGAGGGGGACAACCAGGGCUGCUACCCUCUGGAUGGACACAUCCUCUGCAAAAACUGUAACACCAGCCGCAUCCAGGCGCUCACCGCCAAGGCCACCACUGACCUCUGAGCAGCCAGCCCAGCCAGCCGCCCCGCUCAGCUCCACUGUGAUUACCCAUCAAGCGCUCUCUUCCUUCUUCCUUUCAUCCCCACAUCGCCAUCCAUUGAAGCUACACACACACACACACACACACACACACACACACACACACACACACACACACUUGUAUAUCCCUCUGUAUUUAUGUUCAUCGUAAGAUAGGAGAAACAGCAUCAUGUGUUCACCUUCGACACGUAGCACCAACACGGUACAACCACUGCGGGGAGGCUUUGUGUUACUGAGCUCUGCUUUAAAGCCAGAUUCUAGUUGUAGGAAGUGAGCUGCUGCCUUUCAUAUUCACAUAUUGGGUAUCAAUCAGAAAAUAAUGCGUCGCCCGGUGUUAUCAUAAGUCACCAUCUAUAUGGGCUUCAUUGAAGUCAGGCUGCAUGAGUUAUUAUUCAUCAACCCAAAUGCUUUUCCUCAGACUUCCCUCUAAAGGUCCAGUCUGCCUCACACGGAUCCACCCUGCAGGUGAGGUCAUGGCUGGACAUGUUCGUGCGUGUGGCUGAAUGCUGGUCCUUUUUUUUUUUUUUCUCCUCUCUCUCUUCCCGCCUAAAGUGUUUCUAAAAUGCACAAGCGACAAACAUUAGGGGGUAAAAACGGCAUGGCGACGAGUCGAAUCCAAGCCCACCGCCGCGUGAACCCACACCAAAGACCCGGCGUUGAACCUCAGCAUUUCCCGUUUCCUUGGUUUAACAUGCUAAACGCUAAACGCUGUUUACUCUCAGUACAAACAAUCAGUUCCUGUCGAGAACAAAACGUUUGGUGCCUUUACGGCCCAUUAUUUUCCGACUCUGCUGUAUUCAGUAGGUUGCCUUCAAAUGGCCUAAACGGUGAAAUCAUCCCACUUCUCUUCAGAUGGAUGCAAAUUUUACAUAUAUAUAUAUAUAUAUAUAUAUAUAUAUAUAUAUAUAUAUAUAUAUGAGUGUAGUAUCACCCCCUUUAUUUUAAGAGUUUUAAGAGAUAAAAAUGAAUACACUCCUAUGCAAUUUUCAACAUUAAGUGCAUCGACACUUUAGAAAAAUGAAAUGACGAAUAAGGAAAUAUUUUACGUGUACAUAUUGGAAUGUAAGUGGCCUUAUAGCAAAACCUGAGACCCAGGCUGACGUCGGUACGCUGUGCUGUAUGUUGGCAUUUAAGCUCAGCUUUUAUAUGUAGUGUUAGAUUAAAGCUGUUGGGAGAACAAGGGACCAAGAAAGAUUUCCUGAGAAGUUUUUGUUUUUGUUUUUUUCAAUCACCAUCUUUAAUGUGCCAGAUGAACAAUUGGUUUCUUUUUUUUUCUCUCUUCAGUCGAAUUGCUCCAGUCAGACUUGUGAGUAUUUAUGACGGGGGGGUUCCAGGCGCCGUGUGAAGUUUGAAACGGUUUUAUUUUGUUGGCCGAGUGUCGUUUCCUAGAGGGGGGGAAGCUCCGCCCACAAGCUCCGCCCACAAACUGCGGUGAAACAUUUUAAAUGUGGAUGGUCGGGUAAAUCAAGGAUUAAAGUAGCGACCCUGAUGAGUAACACUAGAACCUUCCAGUAGCAAAACACCGGGGAAACUGAAGACCAAUAAAAAACAUUUUCUGAUUUAAUUUCGGAAAAACACUUUAACUAUGGUAUUCUCUCUCCUUGUUAUUUCUUUUACCUAUUAUAUGUUGUAAUGACAACAGAAGUCAUCUCUCUGCAGUGCAUAUGGCCUCACUGUAGAUGUGAGUGGGUCACGGUGAUAUCAUUACCAUGCGAACACUAUGGAAAUAACUGCGCUAAUGAGACUUUUACUUAACUCUCGAGUUCUGCCUUGAUUUGACUUUUCCUUAUAAAAAAUUUUUAAAAAACUAGCAUAAACUCAGAAAUCGGCAUGUGAGGCUUUUGGAUGUCGGGGUGAGAAGGUGAUCAGGUCGGUGGACAGAACGAAGCGCCUCAAGCAGGAAGGAAGCGAAGGUUAGGCAACCCGAGUCCUCAGAGUUCUUCGUCAAUAUUACGGCCCUCUGUUUGUUUUAUUUGACAACCAAGUUCUUUAUCUUGGUAGAGAAACCAAGCACACUGCGACAUUUGGUUUAUGAGUCUCCGUGUUGCAGAACUUUGAGACACUAAAAUCAACUAAAAUCUCCCUUUAUUUUACACCAAAACUUCAGAAAUCUGAACUGUCCCUUUAAAAUGAAGAAGAGUUUCUGAUUUCAGAGUGAACUAAAUCUUGCCUGCCUGUCGGCGUCGGCUUUAUGAGCAGGUUAUCUGCACAGUGUUCCCAUGUUUUACGUGUUCUCACUUCCUGUAAGCAUGAUAUAGUUUCCAGUGUGACUCGAGGCCCCGGUCGCCUGUAAAAGUGCCUUUCAUCAGAUCACGACGCCGUACGUCUGAUCCAGCCGUGCCUCAAAGAUUUGACCUUGUUUAUUUCUUUUCUAACCAAAGUAAAUACAGUGGGUUUUUUUUCUAAUUUUGGACACUUUGUGCCACAAGGAGCUAAUUUUUUUUUUUUUUUAAUUUGUGUUGAUCAGAGUAAAUUCUUCCAGCCUGUUGUCAGACUAAAGCGUCUGGUCUGGGUGUGCAGACAGGGGGCCGUCAUGUAGUCCUGUACUUCUUUUUCUUCUUUAAUAAAAGCUUUGCAAAAGCG